AUGGAUCACCAUCGUGGAAGUAUCGAUGCCAUGGGCUAUGAUAUAAAUCAGUUCGUAUCGCAGCAACCUCCUCAGAUAUUCGGCGCCUAUCAUCCCGACGGAAGCCCUAUACCUGCGACCCUACCCCCCGGGAAUUACUUUGGCGAUCUCAAUGAUGGUCUCGACGAUAAUGAUCCCAAGCGCAGGAGAAUUGCCCGGGUUGAGAAGAAACGAAAUCCUCCCAAAGGAGCAAAAUAUAUCGAAGGUCUAGAGAAUCGACUUGGUCGCAUGGAAUCUCUGCUGCGCAUGUCCGGUCUGUUGACAGAAGAAGAAGCCGGCAGGACAGAUCUUGGAACGUUGGAGAAACGACUGGCCGAGAAGGCCUCUGCCGCAUCCAAAGAAACUCCCGUCAACGGGACACACUCUCCCGCCGGCGUCAAGAGUAGCACAGCCUCCAUGGCCGAGGGAUCUCCAAGACCCGGCUCACAACCAGAUUCAAACAAUACACCCCGUGACACCGUGGGUUCCCCGAGCACCGAAGGUGAAAAGACUGCUCAAGAAGUGGAAAAUUUGUCAGAGGCCAUGUGUUCACUGGUCACGAACAAUGUUGGCGAGACAAGAUACAUUGGCUCAUCCUCGGCUUUUUCAAUAUUCUCAUCAAAAGGUAUCGAGUGGGUCAAUGAAAAGACUGGAGAUUCGUCUUUCCAGGAAACGAUCCAGAACGCUGUCAACGAAGAAGACAACAAGUGGCAAUAUUGGAAACCCGAGGUGUUCGGAGACAUCUUUGUUCGCCGUGUCUUCAAACCGCUCCCACCAAAAGAAGAAGCCUUGUCAUUGUUCAAGGACUUUUUUGAGAACUUCAACUGCAUGUUUCCUUUGUUCCACGAACCCACUUUCAUGCACCUCGUCGACAAACAAUACUCCAAAGACCCUUACGAAGGCAGUGGAUGGUGGGCCAGCAUCAAUGUUGCGUUGGCGAUAGCUUACCGAAUCCGGGUCAUGAGUAAUGUGGUCCCACAAGAAGAUGACCAGAAAGCUUGGCUGUACCUGAAGAAUGCCAUGGGAGUCAUUACUGAAUUGACGAUGCGAAACACUGAUCUUCUCAGUGUACAAGCCCUCCUCGGGAUGGCGUUGUUCCUUCAAGGUACACCUAAUCCCCAGCCCUCGUUUUUCCUCAUAUCAGCCGCCAUUCGAUGCUCACAUACCAUCGGUCUACAUAAACGCGGUUCCGCAUUCAACUUGAACCCGAUCGAGGCUGAGCAGCGCAAACGAGUCUUCUGGAUAGCAUACUUACUCGAUAAGGAUACUUGUCUCCGUGCCGGUCGACCGCCUGCGCAAGAUGAUGACGACAUGAACGUUGAGCUUCCUUCUGAAGAUCCUCCGGAUAAUAUUGGCAAUGUUCCAUUAGCAGAUGGCAAGGGCAAAAUCAAUUUGUUCCGUCUCAUGUGUGAGUUUGCAAUCAUAUCAUCGAAGGUGUACCGUCAGCUGUACUCCGUCAGAGCUUCGAAGCAGAGUGAUGGCGAACUCCUGAAUACCAUAGGAGAACUGGACAAAGAAUUGGAAGCAUGGAAGGACAGUAUCCCACUCGACUUCCGACCGGAGCACGAAAUCAAAACUGCUCACGCACCUCUCAUCCUCCACAUCGUUGUCCUCCACUUCUCCUAUUAUAAUUGCUUAACAACAAUCCAUCGAAUGUCGGUCCAUCAUGGCUACUGGACCAGCCGACUGUCAGAGUAUGCCAUACAGGGGCUCAACGCUCGACCACUCAAUCCAAGAGUGUUUUCAUCUGCUGCACUCUGUGUUUCAGCUGCUCGAGCUUCUAUUCAUCUGAUCAAAUAUAUUCCACAAGGAGACUUUGCUUGUGUCUGGCUUGUCUUGUACUUCCCAGUCUCUGCACUGGUUACAUUGUUUGCCAAUAUCUUGCAAAACCCGCAGGAUACUCGCGCCCGGGCCGAUAUCAAGCUCAUGGAUCUUGUGGUCAGCUUCCUAACGAACGUCUCUCAUGAUGAGGAUACUGGUUCACUCAACCGCAUGCUGACAGUAUGUGGAGAAUUUGCUCGUAUCGCCCGAGUGGUUAUCGACAAAGCGGAGAAGGAGGGCUCCAAGCGAAAGCGCAGGUUAGUACCUGAAGAAGUUCUCCGAGUAAAUCAGUCAGCCAUGUCUCAAAUACAAUCACAACUCAAUGGGCGUGCGGCUGGUUCACGAAGGUCAAGCGCGAAUGGAGGGUCACCGCGUACCGCUUCCACUCUGCCAUCGACUGCCAUACCUAACACACCGAUGAACAACAUUCAUAUGAAUGGUAUGAAUCCUGGUGUCACUUUCUCCAAUUUGGCACCUUUCGACAGCGACUAUCUUGAUAUGAUGACCAAUAAUGGUCUCAGUCCUGACAUGCAGAAUCAAACCUUGCCAAGUUCUACCAUGUCACCAAUUAAUUUGGGCUCUUUUCAACAACCUUUCGUCCCUCAAGAUCUAUGGCAGAUGCCCAUGACUUUUGAAUGGGAUUGGGCAGCGGAGUUUGGUCAACAGGGCUUUAAUGAUUUUAUCUUGAACGAUGGUCUGAACGAAGGAAUGAUGCCGAACCAAUGA